CGAACAACAACCUCGGUGGGAACCUCGGCGGGAAGGUGCGAACGAGCUGUUGACCCAACUGGCCGUCUACUCUUAAAUUCUGGCGCCCUCUGCAUUUUGAUAUCAGACUUCACUUUUACAACCCAGUCGCGACGCACUACUUUAUUGUCAUUUGCCUAAGACCUUGCCGUCGUCGCAUCUCGUCGCAUCUCGUCGCAUCUCGUCGCAAGUGCCCAGUCGCCUCACACCAACAGCCUUCGCCCGCAGCAUCGCCAACAAGCAACCUGGCCAACGUUGCCAAACAGCAUCGCCCAGAGCAUCGCCACCACCUGGCCGACCCACCCAGCGGGCCCUUUUCUCCCCCUCCCUUCCUCACUUUCUCUUCACUUUCUUCCCGACCUCUCUUCCCGUCCUCUCUUCCAGCCACUUUCUUCACCGUCCUCUCCCUCCCUCGCUCCUGCCCUCCCUCUUGGCAAAUACCAACGACCGCAUCGCUUGUUUUGCCAAUCUCAGCAAGAUGUCACCCGAAACCGACAUGCUGCUGCUGAAGGUCCUCGCCGAGCUCCGUAAGGACCAGAGCGAGGCCAUGACGGAGGCGCUGCUGGGCUGGGUCGGCACCCUGUUUGUGGACCUCCAAAAUCCGCUCAACAUCAGCAUCUUGGCCCGCGAGGUCCUUUUGUCCCGGGCUGUUUGGAGCCACCCAGCCGCCGUUGCCCGCCCUCUGGCGACCUGCAUGCGUGUCAUGGCCAUGUUUAAGAGCGCAUGUGCCAGAGUCCUCGCCAAGAGCGCCCAGCCCUUCCCGCCGUCCUGGGGCCAGGAGCCCGAGCGGAUCUCGCUAGAGGCGUGGUCCAACGCCGUCGCCGCUGCCUUUGACGGCCAGAGCGAGCACUGGAAGGGCCUUCUGGCGCAUGUCGGUCUCCUAGUGGCGAUCCAGCAAGCCGACGUUGCCGACGUCGCUGCCCCCGCCGCUGCCCCCGGCUCGCAGGCCGCCCGCAUCAGGAAGGCUGCCGCCAACAGUCGUCGGCGCGCCAAGGCAGACCUGGAGCGUCGCGUCGAGGUUUCAACCAACAUGGGACUGAGGCAGCUCCACGGGAUAACAGACUUCGGCAAGCGCCAGCUACCCGAGGCCGCCAUGACGCUGGCCGUGUCCCACGCCUGCCCGCUGCUGACCGAGACGCAGUCCCGCUACAAGCUCAACCUAGAGCUUCUAGUCCCAGCCGCCCUCCACGCCCUGGCACAUAACAAGGAGGGUCUGCAGGGCUUCGCCUUCAUGGUCGGCAUCAAUGACGAUGUCCGCUUCCACCAAGAUGGCAGUGUCGACUGGCCCAAGACAUCAAAGUCCUUCGAGGACGUCGAGCGCGCCACCACCACGCCCCUCAUCGCCGCCUUGGGACCUCUGUCACAGGUCCUUGCCCACGCCGUCACGUACGCGAGGUCGCCCGAACUUGUCGGCGACGUCCUCAACGGCCUUAUUGGCAUAUCGGACUCUCUAUCCCGCACCUGGGGAGCGACCCGGCUGUCGGGGCUGGAGCACAAGCAGGACGGCCUCUCGGCCGCGACGCGCAACCAGACGCUGCCCGUCUUGCUCAACCUGCAGCGCAACGUCAUGUACGCUUGCAUGCAGGUUUUGCAGGCCGUCGUGUACAGGGCCGCGUGGGACUCUGAUAUCGCGAUAGGCCGCAGCAUGGCCGCCCCCAGGAUGCUGAGGGUGCUCCGCAACCUGUCCUUCGUCACGUUGCGCCCGGGCAACGGCUCGUUCGCGGCCUACCAGACCAGCUACUCUGGCGCCGUCGACCUGCUCGCCCGUAACCCCCAGGCCACGUUUCGCGCCCUGCAUGGGAUGCUGAUGCCCAGCAUGGCCAAGAGGCUCUCGGAGGCCAGCGGGCUGGAAAAGACGUUGGCCCAGUUCUACAUGGGCUUGGCCGAGAACCUGCCGGAUCAGCUCUCACAUGAGUCCUGCCAGCUGCUCGUCCUAAAGCAAGCCGGCGCCAUCAUCUCCGCGCCCGCCUCGCCCACCCCCGACAUCGUGGACCUCGCGCUCUACGAGACGGCGCACGCCGCCACGCUCGCCGUCUUUGCGUGCCAGCGGCACAGCGAUCUCAGGGAGUCCUGGGCGCGCCCCUACGCCUUGAAUCUCCUGGAGGCCUUCCCCGCGCGCAUCUCGGCCCGCCAGUUCCGACUCGGCUUCAAGCACGUGGUCAAGUACCUGUUCCCGCCGUACACGAUGACGCCCGGGGGCGACGACAGCCUCGCCUCGGCGGCGCUCGAGGUCGUCAACGGCUGGGCCGCCGAGGCCGCCAAGACGGGGACGGCGCCGCUCGCCCCGCACGCGGACGACAAGGCCGCGGACGCUCCGCUGACGGAGCAGAGCGUGCUCGUGCUCACGCUCGUCGACUCUCUGCCGGUCGUGCCGGUCGCCGAGCUGGAGGAGUGGUUGGCGGUCGUGGCGAAGCGCUUCGGCGAGAUUGUGGAUCCCGCGGUUCGCGACGUGGUGAGGCGCCGGCUGUUGGCCGUGCUGGUCGACGGCGAGCUGGAUGUCGAGCAGGCCGCUGUGGCGGUGGCGUGGUGGGGGACCCAUGGUGGUCAUAGCCUCGUGGAUGGUGCGCCCAGGAACCAGCUCUAAGCUGGUGAUGAUACUUUUUUGACUUUUUUUUCUUAUGAACGACACAGGGACUUUUUUUAUUCUCUCUUUGUAGGAUACCACGCAGCAGGAAAGCGUCGCAGCGCUUGUGUUAAUAUUAAUACUAUUGUAUAAGUAC